CGUCGAAGGUAGUGACAGGGGUGAGGUGAACCGGCAUCUCCGCCUAGGUCACUUAGGAGUUAGAGACUGAAGGAGUCCCAUAAAAUACAGAGCUCUAAGUGAUUUGGCGUCCUGGUGCCUUUCUUCUUUUUUUCAUUGGGGAGCCUACUACAGUAUGGCCACGGUCUGCAGGAGCAGCCUCACGAGUUUGAGCGCGCGCUCCAUCAGCGAUUUUGUCGGGCUCGCGACAUUCCAGGGGCUUAGAGGAUGCCGUACACGAGCACAGCGUUACCCAAUCAGACAUCUGUCCUCCUGUGGCAUCCUCAUGACCAGAGUUUCCAAAGGGAUCAUACAAGAUAUAAGUAAUCACCAAGUUCAACACUGUCGUAGCUUUUUGGGCUUUGCUGGACCACUGACAAACAGAAGGAAAGAGUACUCUGAGCGAAGAAUAAUUGGGUACUCCAUGCAAGAGAUGUAUGAGGUGGUAUCUAAUGUUGAAGAAUAUAAAUUGUUUGUACCCUGGUGCAAAAAGUCCACAGUAAUCUCCAAGCGCACAGGAUAUGCCAAAGCACAGCUGGAAGUUGGCUUCCCACCCAUCAUUGAACGCUACACCUCUAUACUUACACUUGUGCGUCCUCAUCUUGUAAAGGCUAUUUGUAGUGAUGGGCGCCUUUUCAACCAUCUGGAGAGUAUUUGGCGUUUUAGCCCUGGUAUUCCCGGAUAUCCUCGCACCUGUACUGUCGACUUCUCGAUCUCUUUUGAGUUUCGUUCUUUGCUGCAUUCUCAGUUGGCCACAGUCUUCUUUGAUGAAGUAGUGAAGCAAAUGGUGGCUGCUUUUGAGCGUCGUGCAGGAAAGACCUUUGGCCCAGAGACCCCAAUUCCCCGUGAACUCAUGUUUCAUGAAGUACACCAGACGUGAUGAAGAUUACACGGGUUGCGUGGCAUGGAGAACAGCUAGAAAUUGGUGCAAAAAGGACCCAGAUAUUAACAUCUUGAUAGCAAGCACGUACACCAGAGCUUUGUUCAUAAUCUGGGACUUCAGACCUCUUAGCCACAUCUAGAGUUUUUUUUUUUUUUUUUAAACAAAUAUUUAUUUAAUUUCACAACAGAUUAUUUUGCAAACUAUAUGUAUAAGUUAUCCACAGUAUCUCUGGUUUGAAGCCAAGGGCUGUUGUACUGCACAAAACCAGAGACUUUUAUCUUAUGGGCUGGAGAUACUUUUUAAGAUAGAUAUAUAUAUUUUUUUUAUUAUUUUUUUUUAACUGAAGCAGGAGCUGAACCAAGUACCAAACAGCAAAUGAAAACUUUUGCCUUCCAAAUAGACCCAUGACAAUUGUGUCUAACUACUUUUAUGAAACAACUAUUAUAUAUAUAUAUAUAAUUAUUUUUUAAUCAGAAAGUAGUUUUACCACACUGCAGUGUUUUGAGGUACAAUAAAACGUGCCCAGGUCACUCUGUAAAAAGAUUGCGUAUGUUAGAGGGAGCACUGGUAAUCCAAAAAACCAAUCGGCCAGACUGUUUUCUGCUAAUGAGAUGUUAGAUUAUUUUUUAUGUAGUUGAAUAUGGUGCUGUAGUUAUAUGAACUCCUGAUUUGAAGUCCAUAACUGCAAAUGUUUAUACAUAAAUACAGGGUUUCAUGAGCUGAAAGAAAAGAAAUCGUAUAUGGAUCCACUGCUGAGUAAGAAAUUAGAAAAACCUUGUAGAAAAGUAAGGGGUUGCAUUGAUGUGAAAUGUUAGUCAUUUGGUAAAUAUCAGUAUUGCUGACUUAUUGAUAAUGUCAAGGGUCUGAAAAUAUACGGUUGUAAAUUAACGAAAGGAUAAAAGUUGUAACAAGAUCUGCUGGUAUUUGUUUUGCAAAGUCUUCAAAUGGAGCAUUUUGAUAUAGAAAUAAAUUCAUUUUUUUGAGUUGUAAAAAUGACAGUGCUAUAGUACCAGGACACUUCAAAGAGACAUGUACUAAGGGAAAUUGUAGGUACUUUAUAUAUUAGAAUAAUUUUGUAAUUUUGGAUCUUUUAGAAAAUCUAUUAUUUGUAAAUUACAAGAAAUAAUGAUAUUUAAAAUUCUUAUUAAACAUCUAAUUCAUAGCAUUUCAAAUUCCCUUGCUCUUGUAACCGCACAUAACUCCAUAUUUACUUUUAUUUUAAAACUGAGAAAGGGCAAUUAGUACAUGUCUCUAAUAAUCCCUUAAUCUAGGGUAGAUAGCGACUCAUGAGGCCAAGGAUCUGCCUUUGGCUAAACACGGUGCAUGCAUAUACAUUUUACUGCAAUACCAUUAUUGGGUACAAAUGAUUUAAACAAAUAUUUAUUAGAUAGAUUUCAAACAAAUAAUGUCACAAAUAUUUUAGGCGGUGCUUUGGCUUUUUUGUUACCUGAUUUGAGUUUGCCCCCCUAAAAUAAGAUAUUUACUAGAAUUCUAUAAUAUUGUGCUGGACCAUGUUAAGAUAAAUAUGGGAUAUUAACAGUUAAACACCGAUUAUGUAUACAUUUUUUGUGCAAAAGUAUGUAAAGUGUAAGUGAAUGAUAUGUAUGUGUUUGUGUGUUUAUGAUAUAGAUAUAUAUAUAUAUAUAUAUAUAUAUAUAUAUAUAUAUAUAUAUAUAUAUAUAUAUAUAAUUACACACACAAAUAAACAUGAUAACUCGUUUCUCUGAGAUAUAACUAGGUGAAAAUAAGUGGACUACCAAUCUGCCUGCAACUGUUUACGGACCGAAAGUGCAAUAUUCCCCUCUUCCUUCACAUUGCUGCAGUAUGACUUGGAGGUCACUGAAAUACAAAAUAUUGUAGAGUGUAUAUUGUGUUUGUGAUAUCACUUUAAGUAAUAGUAACCACUUUAUUGCCAGCAGUGGCUUUAUCCUGUGAUCCAUCUAUACUGAGAUGCAAUAUGUGUGCUAUUGUUCUUGCCCUUUUUACAGGUGUAAGAAGAGGCUGGGACCACUCUUUGUAGAUAUUAUAGACUGUCUAAAACUAAUCUCAAACAGAUAUAGGGUAUAGUAGUUUUGAGUACAUGGCAGAUGCUUGGAAAAAAUGUUUUCUUUACAUCCAGCCUGUGUGCCAGUGUAGUUAACUUAUUACUUCUGUUACCUUUUAUCAAUGCAACGUUUACCAUUUGGUACUACUGAACUGUAAACAAACCAAUAAGAACAGGGAUACUUGCAUAUCAAUAAACAAAACUUUUGUACAAACACA